AUGCCUGUCGCCAUCGUCACCGGCGGUGCAUCCGGAAUCGGGCUAGCCAUCGUCAAGCUGUUGGUGACAAAGUCCUAUCAGGUAGUCAUCGCCGACCGAAAUGCGAAAUUGGGGGAGCAAGAAGCUCGACAGCUCGGAUCAGCCGAUCAGGUUGUGUUCGUUGAGGUCAACAUCAGCGACUGGACCAGCCAGACCCAGCUUUACGAGGAGACCAAAGCCACUUUCGGUCGCAUCGAUGUUGUCUUCGCGAAUGCCGGAUUCGGCGAACAAGCACCUUCACUGAAUUCGAUGCCUGUUGAGCUCGUCCAACCGGAUACCAGCGUGAUUGACGUUUGCUUCCGAGGGACGCUUUUCUCCAUCUAUCUAGCAAUUCAUUAUAUGCGCCAGAACAAUGGAGAAGGCGGCAGGAUCAUCACCACUGGAGGUCAAGCUGGCAUUUAUGGGUUUCCGGUCAUGCCUGUCUACUGCUCGACGAAAGCCGCUGUCCAUACCAUGUGUCGUUCGAUAGCCCUCGAUAUGUCAAAGGAGAAGAUUUACGUCAAUAGCUUCUGCCCUGGCCUGACAUUGACGCCUGUGACCAGGACCUUCCUUGAAGACCUGCCUCCCACCAAGGUGAGCCCGAUGGAGAACCAUAUGAAGGCUGUCGAGCAGUUUCUCUCGACCGAUGUGUUCGGCAAGAUCAUCGAGAGCGACGCAGGAGGACUAUACAAUCGUGAGCGGCCAGAACCGUGGUCGCCGGAGCAUCAAUCAUGGGUGUAUGUUCAAGAGGGUGUCGAGGUGCCACGAUAA